AUGCCGCCAGUACCUCAAGGGGCGUCAACAGACCACGUAAUAUUCUCCGCCGAUACAGUCACGCGAAGUCAAGUUGAAGACUAUCGCCAAGUAGCGAUAAUGGCACUGCCAGAUACCCAAACAUUGGACCGGAUUAUUGGACUGUACUACGAACAGAUAGCCUGGUUUUACAAUCCAUUACCUCGUGGAAGACUCAUGCAACUUGUGAAUCGCCUCUACUCUGGACCCGAAAUCCAGAUAGAAUCACACGAGCUGUCCUGCGUUCAUACCAUCCUGGCGCUGGGCCAUCUUAUGGACCCCACAAAGCCUGCCGACAGCAAUCCUCAAAUUCAACAUCAUGCAAAGCUGGGAAGGAUGUGCUUAUACCUGGAAUGCAUCUUUGCGCAGACCACUGUUGCGACAAUAGAAGCGCAUCUACUUCGACUAAUGUUCCUUCUGUUUGACAAGGACCAAACCGCGCCUAUGAAGGUCUAUGGUCAAUUAGGACUCGUCUGGCGCCUGAUGAUCAGCAUGGGAAUGCAUCGCGACCCAGCGCGGUGGAAUUUCGUUUCAGAGGAAUGUGAGAGGCGGCGUCAGGUUUUCUGGGAAUUCGUCGCCUUUGAUACCUGGCAGUGUUUGAGCUGGGGUAGACCUUCUACAAUUGACACUAAAUCGUUUGACUGCGAGCUGCCCUGGGGUGAAGGCGAGCAUUUGGAUGACGAGGAUAAAAACUUUCAUCGAUGGAAGUUCAUUUACAUCAGAGACAUUCUACGAGAUGUCCUGGCACUGCACACCAUGUGUGGAAUCGGCCCGACAAUCAAUGAAGCAAUGAAGCUCGACAUGCGCAUACGCGAAUAUAAGCUCUUUGAUGUUGGGGCAGUCAUGCAGGGAAAUGCCUCUGUACCUUCCAUUUACCAGCAGAACAUUAUGUUCUGCAUCAAAGAAAGCACUCUUUGCUUCCUCCACAGGCCAUUCUUCGUCAGCGCACUGAAUGAAGGUCUACCUGACCCUCUCCGCUCGCGGUUUGCAGGCUCUUGCCUGGCAAUUCAUGCAAGCGCCAGCGCGCUCCUUGGCCGUGCUCCCUUCAUGCUCGACUUUCAAGUACAGACCCCGCGUUUCUUCAUAUGGUGGAGUCAAGCGUUUAGUGCGAUGGUGGCCCUCGGCGCGUUGGUCAUCAAAUCGCCAGGAUCCGCACUUGCAGCUUCUGCUUUGACAGAAAUCCAGAUGGCGGCUCAGACGUUCGAAAGGGCUACAGGGGGGUUCCGUGCAGGCAGACUUUUGCCAUAUGUCAGGAAUCUACGCGAGCGAGCACAGAGGAUGUACGACAGCUUUCAUUCAGGACAGCCUCUCAUUAGUCAACAACAAGACGACGACGCUCUUCCUGGCAUUAAUUCGGCCUCGACCGUGAUCACGAAUGCCAUAUUCCCCAAGUCCAGUGAUCAUUCCCAGUCUAAAGCGAACGCGGUGGACACGCUGGUUGAUGAUUAUCUUCGUACUCUACAGUCGGAGUUGGAUCACCUUGCGCAACAGCGUGGGAUUGCGCCAAAUCAACCAUCAAACGAAUUCGGCGGCGUCGAUAACAACCACACCUGGCAAAACACGGCAUUCGUACCUUCAGAUUCUCUUCUUUCGUCGGGCUUGCCUCAAUUUCCUGAUUCGCAACUACAGCCUGACUUCGAUCCUGCCAUUUGGACGGAUUUUAUGGCUAGUUUUGGAAGCUCGUAG